AUGGGCGGAGGAGCCCCGCGCCUGCACCGGCUGCUGCUGCUGCUGCUGGGGCUGUGCAGCUGGACGGCCGCGCUGCGAGGCCAUGAGAGCGGCGAGGCGCUGCCCGAGUCGCUGCCCUCGGCCCCGGGGACGCUGCCGCACUUCCUGCAGGAGCCCGACGACUCCUACAUCAUCAAGAGCAACCCCAUCGUGCUGCGCUGCAGGGCCGCGCCCGCCAUGCAGAUCUUCUUCAAGUGCAACGGAGAGUGGGUGCACCAGAACGAGCACGUGUCCCACGAGAGCCUGGACGAGGCCACAGGGCUGAAGGUGAGGGAGGUCUCCAUCAACGUGACCAGGCAGCAGGUGGAGGAUUUCCAUGGCCCUGAGGAUUACUGGUGCCAGUGCGUGGCCUGGAGCCACCUGGGCACCUCCAAGAGCAGGAAGGCGUCGGUGCGCAUCGCUUAUCUACGGAAGAACUUCGAGCAAGACCCCCAGGGCAAGGAGGUUCCCAUCGAGGGGAUGAUUGUCCUGCACUGCCGGCCCCCCGAGGGCGUCCCCGCGGCCGAGGUGGAGUGGCUGAAGAACGAGGAGCCCAUCGAUUCCAACCUGGACGAGAACAUCGACACCAGGGCCGACCACAACCUCAUCAUCCGCCAGGCACGCCUGUCCGACUCGGGCAACUACACCUGCAUGGCUGCCAACAUCGUGGCCAAGAGGAGGAGCCUGUCAGCCACCGUGGUGGUCUAUGUGAACGGAGGCUGGUCCUCGUGGACGGAGUGGUCGAGCUGCAACGCGCGCUGCGGGCGGGGCUGGCAGAAACGCUCGCGCACCUGCACCAACCCCGCGCCCCUCAACGGGGGAGCCUUCUGCGAGGGCAUGUCCGUGCAGAAAAUCACCUGCACCUCCCUCUGCCCCGUGGACGGCAGCUGGGAGGUGUGGAGCGAGUGGUCGGUGUGCAGCCCCGAGUGCGAGCACCUGCGCGUGCGGGAGUGCGCCGCGCCCGCGCCCCGCAACGGCGGCAAGCACUGCGAGGGCCUGAGCCAGGAGUCCGAGAACUGCACCGAGGGGCUCUGCAUCCAAGACGUGGAGCGCGGCGCGGACGUGGCCCUGUACUCGGGGCUGGCGGCGGCGGUGCUGGCGGUGGCCGUGCUGGCGCUGGGGGUGACCCUGUACCGGCGCAGUCAGAGUGAGUACGGCGUGGAUGUCAUUGAUUCCUCUGCACUCACGGGAGGCUUCCAGACUUUUAAUUUUAAAACAGUCAGACAAGGUAACUCCCUGCUCCUGAACUCAUCCCUGCAGCCCGAGCUGACGGUCAGCAGGACCUACAGCGGCCCCAUCUGCCUGCAGGACCCCCUGGACAAGGAGCUGAUGACCGAGUCCUCCCUGUUCAACCCCCUGGCUGACAUCAAGGUCAAGGUGCAGAGCUCCUUCAUGGUGUCCCUGGGUGUCACCGAGAGGGCCGAGUACCACGGCAAGGCCCACCCCGGCACCUUCCCCCACGGCAGCCCCAGGCCCUUUGGGACCCUCCAGGCCAGGAACAAAGCCAUGUUCAUCCAGAACCUGGCCUCCAUCUCCAGCAGCAGCGAGCUGAGGAGCACGGCCCUGUUCGGACACCUGGGCGGCCGCUUGGUGGUCCCCAACACAGGGGUCAGCCUGCUGAUUCCACACGGGGCUAUUCCAGAGGAGAGCUCCUGGGAAAUCUACCUGGCCAUCACCCAGAAGGAGUCCAGCCUGGAGCCGGAGGGCCCCGAGGUGCUGCUGGGGCCCGAGGUGAGCUGCGGGCCCCCCGAGCUGGCCAUGAGCACCCCCUGCGCCCUGAGCAUCCCACACUGCGCCCACGCCGACCCCCAGCACUGGAGCAUCCACCUGAAAAGGAGAACCCAGCAGGGCAAGUGGGAGGAAGUGAUGUCUGUGGAAGAGGAAACUACUUCUUGCUACUGCCUGUUGGAUCCUUAUGCCUGUCACAUUCUCUUAAACAGCUUUGGAACUUAUGCCCUAAUUGGGGAACCCAUCUCAGACUGCGCCGUUCGACAGCUGAAAGUCGCCGUUUUUGGCUGCCUGUCUUGCAAUUCUCUGGAUUACAAUCUGAGGGUUUAUUGUGUGGAUAACACCCCUUGUGCAUUCCAGGAAGUGGUUUCGGAUGAAAGGCUCCAAGGGGGACAAUUGCUGGAGGAACCCAAACUUCUGCAUUUCAAAGGCAACACCUGCAGCCUCCAGAUCUCAGUGCUGGACGUGCCUCCCUUCCUGUGGAGAAUCAAACCCUUCACUGCCUGUCAGGAGGUGCCGUUCUCCCGCGUGUGGCGUGGCAGCCCCCGGCCCCUGCUCGGCGCCUUCUCCCUGGAGCGCUUCAGCCCCGCCACCACCCAGCUGUGCUGCACCGUCUGCGUCAGGCAGCUGCAGGGCCACGAGCAGCUGCUGCACGUCCAGACCUCCGUCCUCGAGGCUGAGAGAGAAAACAUCCCCUUCUUUGGCCAGGAGGACAGCGCCUUCCCCGCCCAGCUGGGCCCCAAGGCCUUCAAGAUCCCGCGCUCCAUCCGGCAGCGCAUCUGCGCCACCUUCGACGCGCCCGGCGCCAAGGGCAAGGACUGGCAGCUGCUGGCCCAGAAGAACAGCAUCAGCAGGAACCUCUCCUUCUUUGCCACCCAGAGCAGCCCCUCCGCCGUCAUCCUGGACCUGUGGGAGGCUCGGCACCAGCACGACGGGGACCUGGACUCUCUGGCCUGUGCCCUGGAGGAGAUUGGCAGGACACACUCCAAGCUCUCCGAGGUGCCCGAGCCCGAGCUGGAGGAACCCGAGUUCCCCUGCAGCAGGAAGGGGCUUUAGUCCCUCUGUCCUGCCAGGACACACGGCCCUGAGCCCAGCAGGGGUUGUGGGGAUGGAACUCGCCCCCACAUCGGUGGCAGAGGGAGGAGCAGAAGCUAAAAACCCUCUGGUGAUGAGGAAAACGAGCUCCUCCCUGUCCUCCUCCACUUAAAAUCCACCUUUUGGUGCCCCAAACAAGCCUGCACUGGUGUCAGUGCUGGGGCAGGAGGGAGAGAGACACAAAGUCAUAAGAGGGAAAUGUUAUUCUGUAUUUAGGAACAGUCCUGUUCGUGUCCUGCCUGGUGAAAAUCAACAAAUAACGUUGGGUAUUUCCAGCCACUGGAGGUUGGUCCUGGUUAAAAGGUUUCUCGUUUCGAGAGUGGUUUAAAAUCUCAUCACGUUGUCACUUUAUGUCUGCUGCAGGAAAACUUAAAAUUUGGCCUUAUCCUGUUCAGAUGUUGGAGGAAUUAGAAGAUCUCAUCAUUAUUUCAUAUCGUGUGUAUUCCAAAUAAUUUGUUUUAAAAAUUCAGCCCCUUAAUGAAUGUACAUUUGCUGCAGAGCUUUGCUGCCUGCUCUGUGACCAAAAUUCCAGAACAAACCCCUUCUCCCUGAGACUGGGGGGUGUGCACACGCCAGAGGAAUUUUCUAAUUUUCUACGUCUGCAAACUUUCUUAGUCAAAAAACUGUCUUUGGGGGUGGAUUUAAAUAACCAAAUAACACACGGGAAAUUUCCAGCCCUAUUUUAGCAAGUUGAGACGUUUAUUUUUGUUACUUCAUUUUCUGUGGCUGAGCUGAAGGUGAAGGCAAUCAGCACAGCUUCAUUUUGGUUUGGUUUCAGACUGAAACCACAAACCCACACAGCACUGCCAACUCUGCCCUGGAUUUCGUUGCACAAUUUGGGAAUUUCGCAGGGUCCAGAGCUGGCUGUGUUCCCUUGGUUUAGUUACAAAUUACAUUUACCCCAAAAUUCAGGAUCUAAGUGGAGAAUUCGCCUCGUUUUUUACCCAUUCCAUGCAAAUAUGAUUUAUAACCUCAACCAAACCAAGAAGAGCUGUCACUGUGAGCGAGGGCCUGGUGGAGCUGGUUCUGUGCCAAAUGUCCCCAUUAUUUCUGACCAUUCUUUUCCCUCCCAUCCUUCACCACAGCCGAGGUGCUCCUCAGCCCGUGGGGCUGCCAGGGCACGCUCAGGAGAAACAGGAACAGAAAUGAGGCUUUGGGAGCUUUGUGGAAAUGCAGGAAACCCACACCAAGGGUUUGGGGGCUGUUUUAGCCUCGUGUUUGGCUGAGAGCAGGGCAGGUCUGGAACUGUUCCUUCAGCCAGGGCUGCAGGGUGAGAAUCUGAACAACAACAAUGAGAUCAACAACAGCAACAGCAGCUCUGUCCUUGCUCCUGCUGCUCUGAAAUCACCAAUGUCACUGCCUGCCCAGCUCAGGAACAGGCUGAGACUUGGAAAUCCUGAGACUUGGAAAUCCUGAGAGCGGUGCAAACCUUUCCUGCAGCUCAGCAUCUCCUGCAGCCUGGCAGGAGGCUCCUGGCACAGCUUUCGGGGCAGACAGAAAUACCGGCUGCAAGCUGUCACUGCUUUCAGCAGCACAUGCUCCUCCAGUUCCAUCUCCUCUGACUGCCAGUCCUCCUCCAGAAACCUGUUCUUGGUUGGACAAAAUGUCAGGCAUUAGAAAAAAACAAAACAAGGGAUGAUGGCACCCAGGGAACAAGCGGAGCCUGCGAGCUGCCGUUGUCGGGGAAACCAGCCCCGCUCUGCCUGCAGCAGGGAUUUGUUCUCAGAGCCCAGAGCUGCUCCUGGGGCAGGCUGGGUUUGGGUGCCCCGGGUGCUGCAGGGCAUCCCUGGGUUAGACAUGAGAGGGAAAGCUUUGGGGUCAGGUGUUCUGGGCAGUCUGAACCUGUCAAGUACCUCAGGAAUGGGGAAAGUGUCAGAGCCUGAAUGAGAGAUGGGGCACUCCAGGAGCUUUUCAAAAUGCAGUUUAUUGUAUCCAAAAUGCAGUUUAUUGUGUACAAAAUGCAGUUUAUUCCAUCCAAGAGGUUCCAGCAGCCCAGGGCUGGGGUGACAGAGCUGUGCCCACAGCUGUCA